AUGAAGUCUCUCACUUGCCUUUUUGCCGCCUUGGCGGUUGCUGUGGCAACUGAAGGUCCUGUGGGAAAAGUGGUCAACCUUUUGGAAGACCUCAAAAACAAAAUUGAAACUGAUGCUGAGAUGGACGAGAAGGACUUCAAGGAGCAUGAAUGUUGGUGCAAAAAAGUGCAAGAAUCCAAAACAGAAAUGAUUGAGGAAGGCAAAAAAAUGGUGAAGGUCAAAGAAAGUGAAAUUGUCGAAGGGAAAGCAAAAGAAGAUACCUUGGAGAAGGAAAUUGAAGAGACCAAGGAGGAAGUGGAAGAGAAUCAGGAAUCCCAGGCAAAGGGAACAAAAGUACGCGACACUGAACAUGACGAAAACACGGAGCAGAUUGAAGAGGGCGAGACCCUGAUGGACGGUAUCAAACAGGUUUCGAAAGUCUUCGACAAAUCUUCCUUGGUCCAGCUUCGUCACAGCAAGGCAUCCAGAUAUUCACCCAAAGCACAGACCAUUCAAGGCAUCUUGCAAAAUCAACUUCAACAAACUGAGAGCGAUGUCAAAGAAGUCAGCAAAGAAGAAACCACUGCAACAAACCACUUCAAGGAUUGGAUGACAGAUAUGAAGGAACAACUGAAUAUUUUGGAAAGCAAAAAAUCAGAUGAGGAAAAGGAGGAAGUUGAGACAGAGGUCGAAAUCGCUGAGGACACAGAGACCAAAGUGGAUACAGAGGAACAAGUGAAGGCCGAUGCUGCAUUCUUGAAGGAAGCAGAAAAGUCUUGUGCUGCGCGCAAAGGCGAGUACCUGAACCGGACUGAGUUGCGGUCAAUAGAAUUGGGUGGCAUCAACAAGGGAUUAGAAAUUUUGGACACCAAACGAGAACUUUUGAGCAAGACUUUCAAAGGGUCGUUCUUGCAGUUGAGUGCGACCAGUGCGACCAGUGCGACCUUGAAAUUGCAGAGCGCCCUUGAAGUCCUGAAGGCAAAGGCUCAGCAAACCCAAAGUGUUCGGCUCGCAUUGGUAGCUUCUGAGGUUCAGAAUGCUCUUCCAGAAGGUGCCUUCACCACAGUUUUGGCAGAGAUUGAGAAGAUGUUUGAAAAAUUGAAGGGUGAAGCUGCAUCUGACACGAAAAAGAAAAAUCAUUGCAAAUCUGAGUACCACUCCAUCACCAAAAAGAGCAACAACUAUGCCUUCCUCAUCCAGAAGCAGACUGCAGAAAUCGAAACUUUGGAGAACAAAAUGUCUGAGUUGGAGUCUGAGAAGGCUGCCGCAGCUGCAGAAGUAGCUGAAAUUGAUUCGGACAUGGACAAAGCCAAAAACCUCCGCACCAAAGCGAAUAAAGCCUUUUUGAAAGCGAAGGCAGAUGAUGAAACCGGAAUGGCUGUCCUGAAAGAGACAGCAGAUGCUAUCAGUGCUUACUAUGAGAAGCAUGCGCAAACUGCCGAGGCCUCUUUCGUGGAAUACGACCCUGACAAACUCAGUGACAAACGAAAGCAGCUUAAGAACGAAGAGAAAAAGUAUACUCUUUCGAAGGCAGACUCUCAGAAGGGCGCUGCCGACUCAGUGUUAGCACUCAUUGAGCGUUUGGUGCAGAACCUAGGGACAGAGAUCAAGGACGCUCAAGCAGAUGAAGCAAAGGCUCAGACUGAUUUUGAGAAGGAGCAGAAGCUUCUCCAAACAAGCAAAACCAAGCUGAGCAAGAAGAUUGCCAGUAUUGAGGGCAUGCUCGCAACUCAUGCUGGUUCCAAAGAAGAAGCAGAGUUGGCUCAAACUGGCUCAAAGACAGACUUGAAAGCCCAGAAAGAUUACAAGACUAGCAUUCAGGAGGAAUGUGACUUUAUCUUGGAAAAUUUCGAUGAUCGCGCUGCUGACCGUGCGGGAGAGAUGGAAGGUCUGACUCGAGCAAAAGAGCUCCUGUCAGGAGCUUCUUUGGUUGAACAAAAAACUCCAGUUCCUCUUGAGAUGAAGGACACUCUUGCCCGUCAAAGAAAAGGGCAGCCUCAUCAAGUACUUGGGCUUGGCCAAGUAAGUUGCAGCAACCAAGUGACAGAUAAAAGGGCCAGUAUGGCAAAGCACAUUUUAUGCACGGGUGGAGCUGGCUACAUCGGUUCACAUACAGUUGUAAAGUUGACGGAGAAUGGCUACAAAGUGUCCAUCAUGGACAAUUUGCUGAAUUCGAGCGAGAAGGUUUUGCCGAGACUGCAGGAGCUCACUGGCAAGGAGACCCCGUUCUUCAAGACAGACAUGUGUGACGCAGAGGCAGUAGACAAGCUCUUUGCUGAGCAGAAGUUUGACGGUGUGAUUCACUUUGCCGGGCUCAAGGUGACCAGUUCUGAGCUCCUUGCUCUGUCUGUGAGCUCCUCUUCACCAGGUCAGAUAGAUGUUCUAUGGGGUUCCGCUGCUGUUUCUGCUGGGGCAUCUGGUGCAGCGCAGACUAGCUGCGGCGUGCUGGAUGCCUGGAUGCUCACGGUGACUGAAGCGAGCAGUGGUUCGCCUAUGUCGGUUGAUGUGGAAGCCAACUGCAACUCACCAGUGCCAGCAAUCGAAGGCCAAACCUGUCAGUUCACUUUGACGAGCAAUACGCAGUGGAAUGUAGAGGUUUUGGAGGACUGCAACGAUACGCAGGCAAGGGAUCCCUCUACAGCCUCCGUUUUCGUUUUGGGGCAGCCUGCAAGCACUCCCAACAUUCAGAUCACGGAUGCUAGUGAAACCUCAUUGUCGCUUUCAUGGUCUUAUGCUGGUGAUGGCGAUUGUGUCUUUCAGAAUUGGCAGGCUGAUUGGCAAGUUUACGGCUCCGGCAACUGGAUACAAAUGGAGAAUGGAACAGGGACAUCUUUGGUUAUGACAGGAUUGCAGGCCAAUUCCGUUUAUGAACUUCGCGUGCAGCAAGUGUGCACAGACGGCCAGUUAAACUCCCCGUAUGCACAGACAAGCGAAGGCCUUUUCACACUUCCUGGCACUUUCAGUGUGUAUGUGGGUACUAGCUCAGCGACUCGCGUUCUUGAGCUCAGCUACGGACCAUCGAGAUGCAGAAUUGUCAAAGACUGUUGUGGAGAUCAGUUUUCAGUUUGCUUUAGUGGCACUGACCGGAAGACCGCAACCUUGAGCAGAAUGGAUGUUGCUGGUGGAUGGGGCCAGCAGCUCUGGUUACAGUGCCAAGCAUCUUCGGUGUCAGAAUUCACUGCCACCUUCACAGAGGUACAGGCACCUGCACCGCUUUCACUAGAGCUGCACGAGGCCACAAAGAACACAAUGAAAGCAAAAUAUCGGUUGGGUUACAUCAUAGAUGACGUUGCAACUUGUGACUGUGCAACAUUGUCUCUUGAACUGAGUGCUGAUGGAUCUGGUGUUUGGACGCAAUUCCGUGGCCAAGACGACAGCUGUACAGUCAUCGGUACUCGUGAUUGUUUCCUCAUAGAUGUGAUGCCAGACACAAAGUAUUGGGGACGGAUGAAAAUGUCAUGCGACAACUCUUCCGCAGACAGCGAAUACACAUACUCCCAGGAGUGCCCGCUGCUUGCUCAUGGUGAAACUGUCUUCUGUAGUAAGCCUUGUUUUACCAUAUUCUGUCCCAUUUCUUUGCAUUGUUGCUCUUAUUGGAGGACUUCAUCAUCACCCCACCAGGGUGCAUAUGGUUGUGAGCCAAGCAGAAGAUGCAUUGCACAUACACAUGCAGUCGUGCUUCCUGAAUUUUCCAUGAUUGUGCCACACGCACCUUCCUGA